AUGAAUUUUCGUACUGGUUCAGAGCAGCUACCGCUAGCAUCAACUUGCUUCUUGGGAGGCAUGUUGAAUUAUGUCUAUCAUUUUAUCAGUUGGGCUUAUUGCCCUUGCUCCUAUCUCCAUCUGAAAGUUCUGAAAAAAUCGCACGAAAAUGCUCACGAGUUAAUUCCAUUUUUUUGCCAUUUAUUUUUGCCUCUGCAAUUAAAAAUCUAUGAGGUCUAUCAUUUUAUCAGUUGGGCUUAUUGCCCUUGCUCCUAUCUCCAUCUGAAAGUUGUGAAAAAAUCGCACGAAAAUGUUCACGAGUUAAUUCCAUUUUUUUGCCAUUUAUUUUUGCCUCUGCAAUUAAAAAUCUAUGAGGUCUAUCAUUUUAUCAGUUGGGCUUAUUGCCCUUGCUCCUAUCUCCAUCUGAAAGUUGUGAAAAAGUCGCACGAAAAUGCUCACGAGUUAAUUCCAUUUUUUUGCCAUUUAUUUUGGUCUCUGCAAUUAAAAAUCUAUGAGGUCUAUCAUUUUAUCAGUUGGGCUUAUUGCCCUUGCUCCUAUCUCCAUCUGAAAGUUGUGAAAAAAUCGCACGAAAAUGCUCACGAGUUAAUUCCAUUUUUUUGCCAUUUAUUUUUGCCUCUGCAAUUAAAAAUCUAUGAGGUCUAUCAUUUUAUCAGUUGGGCUUAUUGCCCUUGCUCCUAUCUCCAUCUGAAAGUUGUGAAAAAAUCGCACGAAAAUGUUCACGAGUUAAUUCCAUUUUUUUGCCAUUUAUUUUUGCCUCUGCAAUUAAAAAUCUAUGAGGUCUAUCAUUUUAUCAGUUGGGCUUAUUGCCCUUGCUCCUAUCUCCAUCUGAAAGUUGUGAAAAAAUCGCACGAAAAUGCUCACGAGUUAAUUCCAUUUUUUUGCCAUUUAUUUUUGCCUCUGCAAUUAAAAAUCUAUGAGGUCUAUCAUUUUAUCAGUUGGGCUUAUUGCCCUUGCUCCUAUCUCCAUCUGAAAGUUGUGAAAAAUCGCACGAAAAUGCUCACGAGUUAAUUCCAUUUUUUGCCUUGAAAAAAAGUGGUUUAGCGGUGAAGCUGCGUCUUGUGUGCUAUCGCCAUAAUCGUACGUAUUCUUUAUUCCACUUGUACUCCUUUCCAACCCCGUUAAGCGCACCAUUUUCUCUUCAAGUAGACUUAUACGUUGUAAACGACAUUGCCCUCCCCCUGUGCUCAUUAUUUCCUUCUUAUUGCUAGUUAGCUUGCGUUUGAUAUAGCACUUCCAGUCAAUCCAAACCUGUAACAAAACGUUAGAUUUUACAAAUUCGUUUUCAAUUCAAUUAAUACCUUACCUUUCUCCAUGCAUUUGGGUCUUUUGAUUCCUGCACAUCUUCUUUAGGACGCUGGUGGAAACCGUUCGCUACUCUCAUCAUAUCUGCCAAUUUUCCAUAUUGCUCUGGUGUUGUUGGUUUUGACCUGAAAGCAUAUUAAUUGUAACUACUUUUUUGGCUGCCAUGAUUUACGGAUCGAUACGGAGUCAUUAGCCAAGGCUGCAAUGGAUACCCAGCAUCGCCUGUUAAAAAAGCAAAUAACUAUUCAAAACUGAGUUUAAGAAACGUAUGAAUUUAAAUACCUAACAGCCAUGUAUUUCUUUCACCUUCUCGAUAUCGCCGUUCCAUCUGAAAGUUCAACUUGCUCAAUCCCCAUACAUGCGAGUCGUGAUUGCAUCCUGGAUACCGCGCAUCAAUGCUUUUUAUGCGUAAUCUUGUAAUGGGGUUUCUUCCAUAGCUGAGGUAUGCUCAGCCGCUCCAGGGUCAGCCUUGGGACCCACAAACCCUUAGCAAAUAAAAGAUCUAAUUAAAUAGAUGAAGUGUCCACACCCCCCUUUCAGUGGACAGCCAGACCAGCGUGAUGUAUACAGUGGCGAUGAAGAAAACGGCGAUGAUGAAAACGGAUGAAAUUAGCGUGCCAGGCGUUAAAGCUUGUUGAGUCUGGCACGGCGAUGAAAACGGCGAUGAUGAAAACGGAUGAAAUUAGCUUGCCAGGCGUUAAAGCUUGUUGAAUCUGGCACGUCGAUGAAAACGGCGAUGAUGAAAACGGAUGAAAUUAGCGUGCCAGGCGUUGACGUUUGUUGAAUCGGGUAGUGUUUUCCGGGGCUCCUCUGCGAAGGACAGAUAUAAUUGUCAGCGAACUGUGUUGGUUGACCUCCGGCUAGCAACUCUCUUGCACUCUCCUUACAUUACCUGUCGUCUGUUAGUCGCGUUAGUUUUUAUAAUGGUCCGUAAGCAGCGGUACUGAUGCCACGUGUUCUCGACGCGGCUACGGCAGUGCCAUCGCGAGCAUUGGCAUCACCCAGCGGUGAUGCCUUUGCUGCGCAAGGCACGCAUUCCCCCAACUACCGGGCAGUGCCAUCGCGAGCACUGGCACGACCCGGCGGUGAUGCCUUUUCUGCGCGAGGCCUGCGCAUUCCCCCAACUACCGGGCAGGGCCAUCGCGAGCACUGGCAUCACCCGGCGGUGAUGCCUUUUCUGCGCGAGGCCUCCCCAUACUGUCUACUUCUACUUUUAUAUACAACGCACAUUAUGACUCCUGGGAAGCCUGCCUUCGCAUAAAACUCCUGUUUUGAUUGUUUUUUUUCUUCGUCGGCCUGCUCAAAUUUUAUCCACUGACGGCAAAGCUUUCUUUCCAUGGCAUCGAGAAAAUUCGAUAGUGACUUUGACACUGUUGACCGACGCAUUGCUACGUUGUAAUCAGUACCAACUCCAUGUUGGUAACUGCCUUCCGCAAAAAAUCUCAAAGCAGCAACUAUUCGAUUAAGCGGAGAUAAAGACGUCAAAGUACUUGCUCGGCAUAAUCGGAUGCAUUGCUCUCCUCCUCAAGUUGUAAUGGGGUUUCGUCCCCAUAGCUGAGGUAUGCUCAGCCGCUCCUGGGUCAGCCUUGGGAUCCACGAACCCUUAGCAAAGAAACGAGUUUACUCUCGUUAAGAUGUAUCCACACCAUGAAAUUUAUUGAAAAAAAAAAACAAAAAAUAUUUUUACUCUCCAUUUUUUAUGGUGUAAAAUUAAAAAUAUUCUUUAUUUUGACUUUGAUGAAAUAAGUUCUUUGGAUCUUAUUAUCCGUUAUGUCUACAUUUAAACAUUUAACAUAUAAAUUAUAGCAUUUUCCUGUGGAGGAUUGGUCCUUUACAUUCAUCAAGCGGCAGGUCUGCCGUGUCGUAAGGAAACAGAGAAAGAAUUAAUGUGAAACACCUAACACACGAUCACAUCGCUCAGCCUACUGAUGUGAACGCGACAAAUUACAUUUUUAAACAGCCCCUUUGUGAGGGCUAAUCAUUAACCCUCUAAUGCAUGAAUUUUUGUUUCGACUGUGAUUUUUAUAUUAGACUAUAUUCAGGUCUGUGAAGACGAAUCUGAUGUUAGUUUUUCGAUUUGUCAAUUUGUGUACCUUUUACAGGUAAAAUAAAAAUCCCGCCUCAAGGCGGACCUAUGCAUUAACCCUUAUUGUUCAUAUAAAUUUAUGUUUUCAUUUCUUCUUUAUUGUGAUAUUUGAAAAAACAAUCUUUUGCCGUUGAAUUGCAUAAAUUAAUUUUACAUUUAAUGCAAAAUGCCUGAGUUUCUGAUUUGCAUCCACGAAAUUUGCACAUUUUUUUGCCUGAGCGGUCCAAAAACUUACACCAGUGUCCUAUUUGAUCGUAUCUUAUAUUUUCUGAUAGGUGAUACGUCUUUUUAGCUUUUGGUGGAGGUGUUAAAGACGAUGGACGACCACGUUUUACAGGUUUUGUCGAACCAAUCAAACAAAGUGUUUCUGCCACUUCUGAUCUGAAGUCAGGAAGUUUACACUUUAGGACGUCCUUAUUUAGUCGGUUAUAAAGACAAUAUGCAUUCACCAUACUCACGUCCAGCAUGUGGUAAAAUAAUUUAUUUGUCCAUUUUCUGGUUUUCAUUUUUAUGUGGUAUCGACCAAUCAAUCCGUCAACCAAAUCCACACCACCCAUAUGCUGGUUGUAUUCUUUCACAAUAGCUGGACAAUCCACCUCAACAUUUUGUUUCAAUUUUCGAUCCCAACGAUUUGCCUUUAAGGAAUAUGAACUUUCAUUAUGUACAAUUGCAUCUGUUCCUACGUAGGUGGAUAACAGACGAACUGCUCUUGUGUCGUACCACAAAACGCUGCUUAUGUCUACUCCAAAAACACUUCCCACGUAUUCUUCAUUAUACCCACGUGCUACUUUUUUUGAUUGCAGCUCUGCGUCUGUGGAAAGUUUUAUAUUUGGUACUCGAUUUCCUCGCACUGUACCUAAACUGUGAAUUCCGCGACUUCUCAUAUAUAAUAGCAAUCCCAAUGAGGUAUAAAAGUUGUCAAAGUAAAUAAUAUGAUUGGCAUUGUUUGGUAUGACUUGUGACAACCUAACUACAACAUUGGAUGCAGCACCAAGAUCUGGACAAUUUGGCAAAAUUUUGUUAUCGCCGGCGCCACAAUAAACUUCAAAGGAAUACGAAUAUCCAAAGGAAUCGCAAAUCACGAAUAGUUUCGCUCCCCAUUUGUGAGGUUUUGCUGGCAUAUAUUGCCUCACUGGGUUUCCACUCAUUUUCGUGGCACACAUUUGCUCAUCAACGCAAAGUCUCUGCCGCAUUGGAACUGAAGAAAAACGUUGGUUGAAAUGUUUUACUAGCGGCCUUAUUUUAUACAAGAGGUCAUAACCAGGUUGACCUUUCUCUAUACGAGACGCAUCAUUAUUGAAAUGCAAGUGGUUUCUAAUUUCUUCAAAUCGAUUGCAUGUCAUGGAUAAACGUAUCGGAUCUAAUCCGUAUUGUCCCCAAUAUGAGCGACUGUUAGGAAAGCGAUAAACAGACGUAAACAACAAUAUUCCCAAAAACUUACGCAGCUCUUGGUGAUCGAUACAAAACUUUGAAGAUAUAUCUUUUUGCUUGGCAUACAAGUUCAUCUGUAAGGCUAUUGCCUGCAAAAUUUUUAUUAAAAAUUUAAUAAACUGUUAUAUAUUAGAAAUUACCUUCAGAAAGUCUUCGGUCACAAAAUAUGCAAAGCAGUCGUAAGGUGUUUUUAAACAUUUUAAAAAAUCCGGCAUGUCCUGGCCUUGAAAAGCCAAAUCUGCAACACUCAGCUGAAGUUUUUUCUUCUUCCAAAGAAUCGAUCUUAUCGCACUCAUAUCGUUUCUCAAAUCACUUGCAGCUGGUAGGACUCCGAUUUUUUCUUGCGAUUCUAAUGCUUUGUGCACAGAACGUGUCACUGUCGACGGUAAGAAUACACUAGAAGUAACGUCACAAACAGGCAAUGGAGGAAUCGGUGGCAGCUCAAUUAUUUCAGCAUUUUCUUCAAAGUCUGUCACAUUCAAACUGCAUUCGAUUGCGUUUCGCAUCAUUUCUGAGGAGUUUAGCAUUGCAUCAAUGAUCGUAUCAUUUUCCGGUAGUGAGUAGGUUGGAUCCAUAUCAGAAUCGUCACUAUCAAAAUCGCAUUCAUUGUCGGAAGUAUCAGUUACCAAUUGCGACUCUUCGAAAUAUUGUCGAAUUUCUUCAUCCGUCAUAUGGGUCUUAGAAUAACGCGACAUAUCUGAUUAUUAUUCAAUAAUAAAAUAAGAAAAAUUUUCAAUUGUAUCACAAACAUUUCAUUUUACUUGAAAAAGGUAGGCAGCGCAAUGCAUGAGUCCGCCUCAAGGCGGAGUUCAAUAUUUUCGAAUUUACUCACCUGCUAUUAGUUUUUUUAUUAUAAAUCGAACACUAUCAUAAAGAGCACAAAAUUCCACACCCGUAAGUAUUUUUUUCAACUUGAAACGACACAAGAAUUUAUAUUUCUUGUUGUUCAGAAAAUUGUGUUGAUUGCAAAAAUAAUUAAAUUGGCGGGAAAGUGCUAAUCUGUCACUUCAAAUUGACAGUACGUCAAAACUAGAAGUAGUAUUGCCAAUCUGAAAAAACCAUUACGUAAGUUGAACUUUAAGCGUUCUUUUGAAAAAAAAUCCGAAUUUUAAUAUUAAAAGAAAUAUUUUAUAUCUGAUUUUGAAAACACCCCGUCUGUAGGCAGGCAUAUGCACUAGAGGGUUAAGCUUAGUCAGCCGGAAUGAUUUAGUUGAGAUACAAAACACAACAGGUUUGGUUCAUGUAUGCUCUGAAUCUGUCCUUUAUUGAAAAUAUAAGGGUAUUUAUACAUUUUGGUUUAACUGACUCUUCCAUGACUCCGCCCCGUGUAUUUCCACGGGGAAGUUUCUUUAUUUUUUUUAUCAAUUGCAUUGUUCACUUCGUAUCCUGUGAAUACGAGUGUGAUUGAGGUAAGUAUUUUACUCCAAACUCCCAUUUUAAAAACGUAAUAUGUAUUUGAUAAAGUAUUAAUUAAUAUAUUUUUAAAGUUUUUUCAAAUUAAUAAGCUGCUUCUGUACCUCCCUCUUUGUGUCUGUGCUGGUUGACAGGUUGAGCUGAUGGUAUAAGAUCGCCUUGGCUCUGCGUUGUUGGAAUCUUCUGUCGGCGCGUUUCCUUUUUUCCCUUGGUGGUGGUGUAAGAGGGCGUUUUAUCGCCUGCUGUCGACGCUUAUACUCUUCGAUUGUUAUAGGUUUGGGGCCCGCGUCUUUUGGGGUCGGCACGUAUGCUGGUUGUUGGGUGCUAUCGUCCGUCGUGGUGGCUGCUGGUGUGUAUUGUUGUGCUCUCAAUAGCCUUUCGUACUUCAGUUUGAGGGCGUCAAAUGCUGCUUUUGGUACGAAUUCGGUGUGUUGGUCCUCUGGUGCCAUGUAGAUGAUUGAAGUAAUUUGCAGUAGUGGGCUGAUGAAAUGUUGUUGCUUCAGGAUUUGAAAUUAUGUCCUUCGUUCAAUUGGACAGUUUGAUGUGUGUACCAGUAAAUUUGGUUCGUGACUGCAGUAAUAAAAUUUAAUGAAAAUAGGAUCAGCAGACAGGAUCAAAAGUUUUGGUCCGCAGGAUCGCCAUGUGGAGGAUUGGUCCUUUACAUUCAUCAAGCGGCAGGUCUGCCGUGUCGUAAGGAAACAGAGAAAGAAUUAAUGUGAAACACCUAACACACGAUCACAUCGCUCAGCCUACUGAUGUGAACGCGACAAAUUACAUUUUUAAACAGCCCCUUUGUGAGGGCUAAUCAUUAAGCUUAGUCAGCCGGAAUGAUUUAGUUGAGAUACAAAACACAACAGGUUUGGUUCAUGUAUGCUCUGAAUCUGUCCUUUAUUGAAAAUAUAAGGGUAUUUAUACAUUUUGGUUUAACUGACUCUUCCAUGACUCCGCCCCGUGUAUUUCCAGUCAAAACCCGGAAAAGUAUAAAGGCAGCCAAUCAAAGUGAUUGCUGACCUUGCAGAAUGCAUUACAAUGCGACUAUACUGUUUACUCAUUAGGUUGCAACACUUGUUAUUUUUAGAGUGCAUUGACCGUGUUGUUUGCACAUAUUGAUUGCAACAUAGAAAAUAUUAUUAUUGAAUUUCGUCUCGUUUGUAAUGCGAAACUCUUUUGUGUAUGUCGCUUUGCUUAUGUAUUCUUGUGUGGUCUUUACAAAUGUGACUAAUUCAUGAAUUUGCUUAUUAUAAUUUAUGAGUGCUUGGUAAGUGGCAUUUAGGUAGGACCACUACAUUCCGCAUCUCGAAGGACCAAAAAUGUUGGUGUUGAUAGGGGGUGAUUUUAACCAAUUGUAAACAAUGCGGUUAGGCAAUUUCAUCCGAGGUGGUCAUGGAGUGGAGUUUCAUCUCAAUCUCCAUUACUCAAUGUAGCUAGAAAUGGUCAAUCUAGCGGCGCUUUCUUAAUAGCUUCUUAGAUACAAUGAAAAUAUGCAUUACUUUAUUCUAAAAAUAUGUGUUAAUUAUUUAUUUAUAUGUUUUUAUGUUUUAUUAGAAAAAAAACUAUUCAGAGUCGGAGCUCUCAGAAUUACUGCCGUCAGGUAGACCAUUUAUAUGUAAAAGAAGGUUUUUGACCUCAUCAUCUAUUGCAAUGUGAUUUUUGGAGUACUUGGAGGUGCUUUUAGACUUAGAUGUAAUAAUAGGAUCUGAAGAAACUAAAAGAGUGUGUAUUAAGUCUUCCAUUGUAUUCAACCUUGAGUUUUUUCGCGUAUGGUUCAGUCCAGCGGCGGACAAUCCAAAUUCUUGUUUCAGUGUCUCAGUUAUCCAUUUUUGUAAAAAUAAAAGUCAAUCUGCAAAAUAAAAAAAAAAAUAACCAGAUUCAUUAAAUAGCAAAAAAGUUAUUUAAUUCUUUUUUGGUAGCGGCUUUCAUCAGCCAUCCUGUAUAAGCAUUUUCGAAGCAGUCGAACUUUCUUCAAACAAUUUUGAAACAACCUGUGAAGCAUUUCCUUUUCCAGCUUUGUAAAGACCUACGCUUGCCGCUACCAUUAACUCUUGGUUAGGUGUUUCGUAUGUCCUGUGUUUGGCAUAUAUCCUUACAAUCUCUCUGCGUCCCAGUUACCUACUUACCAGGAUGUUCUUUUGUGUUAUCAGUUUGAAAGAUUUCGUAUAGGGCGACUCCGAGGCGACAACUAUGAACCUAGGAGUAAAGAGGUUACAGAAAUAGUUGCAAAAAAGGUUGAAAAUACUUUCAAACAGUCAUCUAUUCCGAUAGUUUCACACACCAGAGUUGUACAAAUGCUCACCACAUACCAUAAGAAAUUUCUGACUCCUAAACAAAUGUUUUGAAGGAACCCAAUAGGUUUGAGCUCUAAAAGAGACGACUUUGUCUCUUCUGCCGGAAAAUUAUUUGACAUCGCUGCUUGUAAAUGCAUUUAUUUUUCUUCUUGCACUUGUCCAAAGGAAAGGAAAGUUCCUAUCAAUGAACAACCAUUUCUCUUGGACCAGAGAACCAGAAGAAUUGGUCGCAGUGGAAGUGUUGAUCUACCUGAAACAAAAAAGAUUACAAAGAAAAAUGAACGUAAAGAAAAGCUUUCAAAACGUCAUUCAACAUCAACACUUACCAGAAAAGUAUCAGCUAGAACACGUGACCAUUCAGAUCAGCCAGACUCUCAUACAGACGACAACAGUGUAGGUGCGUCGCACAUGGAUUCUUCCAAAAACGAUGCUGAUGAUGAAGUUUCUCUUCCAUCCUCUAAAACCAAACAAAACACACUAGUAUUAGAACACACUGAUGGUGUCUCAAAGAGUCCAAAUACAUUCUCUGGCGACAUAGGUAAACUGCUCCCUGAUUGUGCGAAGUUGCCUGUUGUCAAAUUUGAAAGUUUUCCAUCCUGCCAAUUACCUUCUGAGGUUAUUAAUCCAACCCAACUUAGCACAGACCAAACUUAUCUGUAUAAAAUAUCAGAAGCUGUUAUUUCCGGUCAAUGUUCCUCAGAUUUAGCUUCGAUGCAUCCAGGUAACAUGUACAAAUCUCGCUGGCUUACCUGUGCAAAUAGACUUCUGAGAUUAUACAUUUCUACUGACAAACCAACAAAGGAAAUAAAGAUUUUGGUCAAGUACAUACUUACAGUUUACUCACCUUUGUGGUUCUCAAUAAGAUUCAACAGUUCAAUCAAAGAUGGCUCGCGCCAUCUCUCUGCUGCAAUUCAAAGGUCGAGAAACUUACCUGCUAAACUGCGCAAGGUUGUCGAUUCAUCCAUUCAACAGAAUGCUUUCUUUGCUCUUCCAGAAAACAUUCUCCUUAGUAUGAUGACUGACGAACGGAUAGAAGUCAGAAGUUGGCCCUUGACCGUCUUCUGGUAAAAAAAAAUUGACUUUAAAUCGUUUAAAAACCGGAUUAAUGUUAACUUUCUUGAUUCGUUUCGAUAGGACGUUUUUUUUUUUGUAAUGACAUGCGUAGCCGCUGUCCCUGAAUUCGGGUAAUACUGAUCAAGUAUUCCGUGGCACCCUCCUCCCUUUGAACGUGAUGAUGUAUUUAUGGUACAGAUGCUAAAUCAGUGUUCACUUUAUCAUCUUCUAAUAUAUUUUUUUGUUGUUUUUUUAGUGAUAAAUAUGAAUUUUCUGUUAGGUUAUAAAAUUGGAGAUUUACCUGGAAUAUGCAAUUUCUCUGAAAGCUCCUGAAAUUUGUGGUCUCUCAGGUAGCUAUUUUUAUAAUUACAACAAAUUGAAUUAGUUUUUCUUCCGUUUUUUUUUUAGAUCUUUAGUUUAUUUUCAAUGAACAGCUGAGCGCACUUUAGAAAGCGGUAUAACGGCAGUGCAUUUGGAAAAAGUCCACAAUCUUAUAUUUAGGUACAAAACCGAUUUUCUUGUAUAUACACAUUUACCAAUCGAUAUUGAGUUGCUUCAAAUCAUUAACUUCACAUAUUUAAGUUAAUUAACUUUCUUCAUUUUAUUGGAAUUGACAUAAAGCCAUGACGGCAGUGCAUUUGGACUUUGCUCAAAAAUUAAAUAUUUGUGUUUGAAUUACUUUGAAUUUAAAACUUAAAUAAGAUUCUUUAGAUCCUUACCACUGGAAUAAAGACCUUAUUUAAGCUGAGAACUAUUUCAUUCUACGAGAACUAUUUUAGUUUUUACUUAAAGUUUUCUCUCUCCCUCCUUUAUUUUUCUCCUUUCUGCCUUUAUUUUUUUUCAUAUAAUUAUAUAUUAAGAGAGGUUGUUAUUAACUUCCUCUCUUAAAUAUAUAUUUUAAAUAAAAAACCUUUGCAGUUUCGUGUUUUACAAUUCUUUAUUGUACCGUAAUUAAGAAGAGAAAUAAAAUAUUAGUAGAUAAUGUUAUGUAAAUAUACCGAUAGUGUAGCUAGUCCUUCAGAUCCUCUUGAUGUUGCCUUCUUCUUGUAACUCCAACUGUGAAACUGAACCGAUUGAUUGAAUUUACUGAGCUGAACUGAAUUGAUGCAUUGGUGGUGCUAAUCCUUUUAUACUGCAUUUGAACAGUGGCGUGAUCUAAAGUCAAAGAUCUUAUUUCGUCUGGCGCCGUAUUUCUUCAGGUCGUAAAUAUGAUCAUUUUAAUAUCUUUUAAUUGUAAAAAUGAUCAUUUUACAAUUUUGAUAAAUGAUGCGUACCGAAAAUAUUAACAGUGCGAAUUAUUGCUCAAGUUAAUUAUUUACUGUCUGUAUCAUGUUGAAUAAAUAUUGUUCGUACUCCAAUUAGUAUGCUUAUGUGAUUGCUGCUCCCGUAUGUGUGCUUGAGUGCUCGCUACUCCGGUAAUGUUCCCUGCAAAAAAUUGUGCGACUAAUCUCUAAAGAGAGUAUUCCGGGACUAGUCUCGAUGUGGAACAAUUGAGUAUUAAUUAGUCGCAACUAGUCUCAAACGGGUAUAAUUGGAGAUCAAUUAGUCUCAAUUAAUCCCUAUCGGGUACUAUUGGGAAAAAAGUUAGAAUUUUGGCAAAAAUACAUUCAUAAAUUUCAAAGCAAAGUUACUGAAUUUCCUUCCAUUCAAUUAUCAUAACCUAUUACAUUUAAAAAAAACCAUAAGUAAUGAAUUUCGUACAUGUCUUUGCACUAGCAAGAGGCGAUGUAUAAAAACAUUGAAACUUUUUACAAACUGAAAAAUUUUUAUAAGAAAUUGUAAUCAGAACGAAAGAUAAUUGAACUAUCUCCAUUUUCAUAUGCGUUAACAUUGUAUAUUUUUAAACAUGCUUAUAAAACAAAGCCCAUGCUAACAACAUUUUGUAUUUCGACAUGUACUUUUGACUUGCAUAAAACAAUAAAUAUAGCCUUGAAGCAUUUACAAAAUAAAUGCAUUUUUUUUUAAUUCAUUAUGGAUUAAAAGAUAAUUAAACUAUCUUUCUUUUAGUAUACAUUAACAUUAACAAUUUCCAAACAUUUUUAUGAAAAAUAGCUUUUUCUAACAGAAUUUUAUAUUUCAAUCAUGUACGUAUUUGACUUAAGAGCGGCAUUCAAAUGUAGGCUUCCAUGAUGAUACUUGGUUUUUAAUAAAAUCUGGAUUUGUAAAAGCAUUGAUAAUAGAUUCAAGAGCAACAAUAUAAUCCACCAAUAAAUGCUUACUUAAAAAAACCAACAUACCUUAUUAUCAAAUCCCCUGCAGAACGUUCCAGACUCUGAUGAAAUAACCAACUGUUGCGCCGGCUAUCACAUCUGUUGGUUGCUUAUGUGAUUAGCCGUAGAACAAAACAGUUGCAUGCUGCAAUAAUUCAUAAUAUAAUUAAUUUAUUGUGAGAUUUACACAACUAUAUAUCAAUAAAAACUUACCAAUUGCUUCAUUUGGUUGUUUAUCUGCACUUCUGCGACUUUGUUUACAUUUAAAUACAGUGUUGUUAAGUUAGGGAAAUUUCCCUUUUUUUCUGCUACUUACAAACAAAGGGGAAAUUUCAUCGAUGUACUUUUUCUUAAAUAUCGUCGAGCUAAAUGAUAUAACCUAAAAGAUAAAUAUUUAAGACGUUUGGAGAUUUGAUUUUAAUACCUACAUUUCGAUUCGAAGUGAAAUUUAGGUUAUAAUGAUUAAUAACCUGAUGUUAGAAACAAUUAAUAUGCAAGAGAAUAUUUUUGCUAUACACGAAAUCUCAAUCUUUGUACUUUUUGUAUCACUUAUGGUUCAAAGAAAUGAUUAUUUAUAAUAGCUUUUUCUUCAAUAAGAAGAUACAAUACUUUACGUACAAUACUUUACGUACUUUAAAUAAAAGCCUGGAUAUUAGGCAUGCUGUCAAUUAUUCUCUAAGCAUAGACCUUUGUUUCUGCAAAUAUUUAGUAAGCUGUAGAUCUGAGCAAAGCUUGUAUUUUAUAAGCAUAUUAUCAUUUUUAACAAUUAUUGAUUUGGAUUUAAAACCACUCAAGCCAAUUCAUUUUGAAAAUUGUGAGCCUUUUCAACCUAAGCUCGAAAAUGUCUUACGUAGUUAACAACACUCUUUUCACAGUUGCAGAACUAGAAGUCGAAACCUAUCGACGUCUCUAUAUCGAUAAUUAUCUACUGAUAUUAUACCAUUAUUAUAUCGAAAGGUAUUGCGAGCAGACAAAAGGAAUCGACAUCAAGAGAUUAUUUAUCUAAACAAAUUGAUAAGCACUGUUUAUAUCUAUUUUUUCAUUGUGGUGUACAUGUUUUCCAGCAUUGUAUUUAUAUUACAUUGACUAUUUUUGCGAAAGUAAACUAAAAAAGUGCUUGACAACAUUUUUACGCGUAAUAACAUAAAACACCUAUGGGGGACAAUUUUACUUCGGUUUCGGAUAGAAGAAGGUCCAAAUUAAAUUUCCGUACCAGAAUUCUGGCGCGACAAAUCCCGACAAAUAAUCAAAAACAAUAAUGUUAUACUUUUUUUGUAAAAAAUACUACAUUCUUGCAAAGGCAACUAACAACAUCAGUUUAAAUGCUUAAAUUUAAGAAUAAAUUGACUGUUAUACGUCUUAAUCAUAAGUACAUACCUUUUACUUCCAUAUUCAAUAAAAAAUUUCCAAGUAAAUCUCCACGCGCAGCCGUAUCAACCAAGGGAAAUUAUGUAAAUAAUCGGCAUCGCAAUUUACUUCCCAGUUACGUGGAGCACCUCCUCUUGGUCCAAGAUAACAUAGUGAAUCAUGUCCCUGCGUCAUCUUCCGUCUGAUUCUAUACCGGAAGAGGGAUACGCCAGAACACAUGUGAACCGACGACUGCGCGAAGAACAUACCCGUACCAUUACGCUGGCUAAUCGGUGGCAAAUUGUAGCCGGAGAGAUCAGAUGAUGUGUCGUCUCUAACAAUGAAUCCUAAUUGCGCGAGUGACCCCUUGUAAGAGGUGGAUUUUGCGUAGGUAUUAUGGGGGCUCUUCGACCCUGACAACAAUUCGGAAAUCUGAAGCAGAACAUCCCUAUUUAUGGGUAAACCAUUAUAGUUGUCUACUUGAGAUACAUCGAAAACUGGAACUCCUUCUGCAGUGAAGGACGCUGACAUCCCACCAUAUUCGAACAUCUGUAUUUGCUCAUUUGUAUUUUUAUUACUUCGAUGUUGAUGCCGGUGAUGCGAGAAGAGCAUUCUGCAUUUUCGAAAAAUCUCCUAGAUGUAUUCCCGUCAUUACUGUUUCCAAAACCAUGUUUAGGAACGUCAACCAGUAGACCCAUUUCAUCUUUAAAACGUUUUUGUAUUGUCUCUUUUGUUUCCUUAAUAAUCUUUUUGUCUUCUGCUGUACGGGCUCGCCAAUUCUUUAUGGGUUCUUUAUAUGCUAAGUGCAACAACAACUCAAAAAACCGUAUUCGGGCGUGGAGUACUGAGAGGCCAAACUUUAAAGCUUCUUGAUUUAUGAUACCUUUUUUUAAUUUAUUAAAAUCUUUUGAAGUCUGACCGCAUACAUAACAUCGCAUAGUAGAGGUUGUAUCCGUUGCAGCGUUACAAACUUUCCCGUCUACCAUUGUCAGUAAUAUUAUUUGAUGUGCGCUGAUGUUUCACUGUCUCUUGUAUCUUCCAGAUCUCUGGCUUGAUUUUCGAUGUAUUCUAUUUCUUGUUUUGUUACAUCUUUUGUUUCGUGAGUAAACUGAGCUCUAAUAGGCCUGCAGAAUCUCACCGAAAAUGGCGUAGGGUUUUGCCAAAUGGUUUUUGUUGUUUCACCAUUGAAAGUAACAACCAACCUCACUGGAACAAUCGAGCUCACAAAUAUACUUGAAUCGUCACCAGAAAGAUUUUCAAAUUUUUGCUUAAAUGGAGUUUGGUGUGAUCCAUCGCACCCCCAUUUUGAUAUCAAAAGAAGGCUCUGCUUCUCGGCGUCAGUUAAUGUAUCUAUGACUUCUUUUAAAUAUUGGAUGAGGCGCAAAGCCGUAUGAUCCAGCAAAGCUUGAAGUUCUACAUUAAAGCUAGUCUCUGUAACCGUUAUUUUAUCUUCCUCCGGGUAAGCACUUUUUUUGCCUUUUGCAGCAAAGAGUAGCAAGGAUAGAUAGUUUUACGUCCGCCUUGUAAUAAAUUCCACUGACUUCUUGUGAAAUUACCUUCAACAAAUAAGGAUAAUGCUUCUUCUAUAGUAUAUUUUUUUUCCACGUGGUCUUUUUUAGAUGAAAUUAUCGUUCUGAUCUUCUUGGCUCUCGUAGGUGUUGAAGUUAUUUCCUUAAUCAUCUUUGAAGUGUGUAUGUUUCCGGAAGUGCCCUGACUUACACAUGCAGCGAAAGUCAACUCCUCGACAGGUACGUGAGCCCGUAAAUCUACAGUUCUGCGCCGCUUACUCCUUUCGCUUAAUCCACGAAACUCUUUGACUGGACGACCAGGCUUGUGCGACCACGAAGGAAGUUCUAAUGAUGUUCUUAGCCAUUCUACGUUAUUUUUUACGAACCUCUCAUCAGUGUUACGAGCUGCUGACCAUUUUUGUUUAAAAUCUGUCUUGAAAUGUCUCAAAGAACGAGACAAAACGUUUCUAUCCUCUGUUGGGCAUGACGUCAACUGAGCAAUUCUAUCUUCCAGAAAGGUGAAUUUUUCGUCCAUUUUUUUUCCGUACUCCUUUAUAAUAUCGUAUAAUUCCAUUCGGGUGAUAUUUUUUACCAUUGCUGCAAAAUCUGUGAAAAAAAAAAAACAACACCUUAUAACAUCUGUUAAAAAUGAGACGCGUUGGUUUCGGUUAUAAAAUAGUACUCAGCUCUGGUUGCCCAGAGCUCCUUUAUUUAUAGCAUUCCUUAUCCUAAUUCAGGUAUGCACCACAUGCUGAAUGCAUACACACAUCUUAAUACUAAUCUACUGUAGGUACACAUAUCUUAAGCAUAAGUAUUCUCAACGGCAAACGCAAUUGUUUCUUGUCUGUUGUUAGUUUAGGACAGUGUUGUCCAACGUGACUGUGUGCACGUUAUGCUUGUGUUGGUUAUUCUAGCGUCAACUGAUCGCAAACUUCUGCUUUGUUUGCCUAAGAAGUUGAAUACAGUAGCACAAUCGGGCUUUCACAGACACUUGUCGCGACAUGUUGGUGUGAGGUGUCUGGCACUGUCCGUGCGCUAUUGUGCGCAUAGGCCGUGGACAACGCUGGUUUAGGAUCAUUGCGAUCUCAAGGGCAGACAGAAUUGUUUUUUAACUAUUAUUCGUUUAAGAUCAUUUGCGGUCUCAAGGGCAAACAAUCCUUUACAUUGCAUACAUUAAAUACUAAGGUCUCUAAUCAAUAUACCCGAAAUGAACAUUUAUUACAUUGUUGAUAGAAAUGGGUAUUUGUAAAGAGAUACCUACGUUUAAGACUAGAUUUGUAUACGCUGGCGAUAAUGACCAUAAAUAUUUGAACUAUUACAAUUGUUUCUUAACAAAAAUAUCUUCUUUACAAUUGUAGCCGUUAAGAACUGUUCAGAAAUCUGAACAACAUCCUAUUACACCGUGCACUUUAAAAAAAUACCUAUAAAAAUGGGGUGGGUUGGGGGACAAUUUUACUUCGGUUUCGGACAGAAGAAGGUCCAAAUUAAAUUUCCGUACCAGAAUUCUGGCGCGACAAAUCCCGACAAAUAAUCAAAAACAAUAAUGUUAUACUUUUUUUUGUAAAAAAUACUACAUUCUUGCAAAGGCAACUAACAACAUCAGUUUAAAUGCUUAAAUUUAAGAAUAAAUUGACUGUUAUACGUCUUAAUCAUAAGUACAUACCUUUUACUUCCAUAUUCAAUAAAAAAUUUCCAAGUAAAUCUCCACGCGCAGCCGUAUCAACCAAGGGAAAUUAUGUAAAUAAUCGGCAUCGCAAUUUACUUCCCAGUUACGUGGAGCACCUCCUCUUGGUCCAAGAUAACAUAGUGAAUCAUGUCCCUGCGGCAUCUUCCGUCUGAUUCUAUACCGGAAGAGGGAUACGCCAGAACACAUGUGAACCGACGACUGCGCGAAGAACAUACCCGUACCACUACGCUGGCUAAUCGGUGGCAAAUUGUAGCCGGAGAGAUCAGAUGAUGUGUCGUCUCUAACAAUGAAUCCUAAUUGCGCGAGUGACCCCUUGUAAGAGGUGGAUUCUGCGCACUUUAGAAUGCGGUAUAACGGCAGUGCAUUUGGAAAAAAUCCACAAUCUUAUAUUUAGGUACAAAACCGAUUUUCUUGUAUAUACACAUUUAGCAAUCGAUAUUGAGUUGCUUCAAAUCAUUAACUUCACAUAUUUAAGUUAAUUAACUUUCUUCAUUUUAUUGGAAUUGACAUAAAGCCAUGACGGCAGUGCAUUUGGACUUUGUUCAAAAAUUAAAUAUUUGUGUUUGAAUUACUUUGAAUUUAAAACUUAAAUAAGACUCUUUAGAUCCUUACCACUGGAAUAAAGACCUUAUUUAAGCUAUAGUUCUCAGCUUUCCUUUACGAGAACUAUUUUAGUUUCUAGUUAAAGUUUUCUCUCUCCCUCCUUUAUUUUUCUCCUUCCUGCCAUUUUUGUUUCAUAUAGGUCUUUUUUAGUUGGUUGAGCACUCUUCUUAGGCUCGUUAAGGGGUUACAUGGCUUUCCUCGAGCAAAAAACGGCCUUUUUUCAAUAUUUUUUUUUUACAUAUAAAAAUUAAAUAUUUUAAUGAAAUUUUUUCUUAUUUAAAAGACUCAUAUUUAAUAAACAUUUUGUAAAAUUUUCAAAAAAAAUAUCAAAAUGGCAGUCAUUUCGACGCCAUUUCCGACAGUCCCUCGGAAAAAAGGUGCAUCCGCAUUAUCAGCAGAACUUCUUUCAGGAUCAUCUGAAAUAAAAAUAAAAAAUACGUGUUUUGGUAAAAACAAUAAACUAGGUAUUGGACGAAGGAAAAAAAUGAAAUUUGGAUUUUUGGCAGACGUUUUUCUUUUCUUUGGUUAAAUCAAUAUCGUUCUCGUCCCCAUAAAUCGAGCUAGUGCUCACCAAAAUUACGUAACGAAGGCUUGUCCUGCCAAAGAGUCGUCAGUCUCUUCCUCUACAAUUAGCUCCUUGAAAGGAAUCAGGUAUCUUUUUGUACUAGCUCUUUCAAUUUUUAUUUACUAAUAUGGCUGCAAACAGGGUUCGAUCAAGUUUCCGCAACAUAGCUGUUAUGGGAAUUGAUUAUUAGUAUCACCGUCGAAGAUUAUGUUUUCACAACAUCUAAACUAAAAAUAGGAAAAUAUUACAAAAUUCGACCCUCUCACUAAAUCUUUCCACUAAAGUUAAACCAAUUUAAUAUUAAUUAUGAAUAACUAUUGCAAAAAAAUGUAAACAUUUAACAUUUAGGAACAAUACUCUUUACAGUUAUAAUUUUUUAGAUUUAUAAUUUUUAUUAAUUAAUUAAGGCCAGGUUCCUCUAAAAAACGUAAUUUUUUUCAAUACAUUUUAUUUUUAUUACAAAACAUGUUGAGUAAUCAAUUUUUUUUACAUAUGAAAGUACAUAUUAAAUUACUUGAUCAUAAUAUUUCGAGACGUUACAGGGUUCAUGCCAAGUGCAUUAUAUAUUGGAUCCAUUAUUUCUUUGAACUCUUCACUGUCUAGAAAUAUAAACGGUUUUCCAUCCGUGGUUACCAUUUUAAUCAAAGAAGAAACAAUUGCUUUUUCGCUCGUUUGAUACGAUAUCUUUCGUUAUUCUUCACAUUGAGUCAAUUUUGAAUAUCCAGAAUUGUUCCACUCAUUGAAAAUGUCCAUAUGUUUCGUUGUUAAAUGCCGUCGUCGAAUGAUUGCCGGACAAUACAAAUUGACUUGUUCUCUUCCUAAUUAAAUUUAAAGAAUUGGUGCACAUUUUUAUUCAUGUCUCUACCCAUAAAACGGUUGCUCUCUGAAUCUUUUCGUAAAGAGUCAGGGAGAGACACUUAUUUGCAGACAACGAGAAACGGUCGACAGGUAUUUGCGAGCUCUGAAGUUUAAACCAAAGGCACGCAGUAGCUGCCGCUACCGACGGCGUUCGAGCGGCCGGAUUUCUCGCAGUGCUCCUCACUCUUUGAAUAUGUCUCGAACGUUCGACGAGUCAAUUUAUGGACGAUGCGUCGAUCGUUGAGAAUAUGAAAAACGGGAAAACAGAAGUGUAUUAGUGAAUAAAACCACAAAGUUUGUGUUUCAUAUAACAAAUGAAAAUGUUUGAAAUUUAAUUGAAAAUAUACGAGAAAAAAUAUUACCGCACAAAAUCCGGUAAACGUAACCGUGCACCUACCGGUUUUUUUUGCUUUUGUAAUUAUCCCACUGAAACACUAAAAACACUAGUCACUUUGUCACUUUUUUGUAUAAACGAUUUAUGAUUGUCACCAAUAAAAUGCGAUUAAAACCAACUAUUUUUAUUUUAUUUUUUCUUUUAAAACGAUUUGUAACCCAGUGAUAUUAAAGCAAUCACGUACCUGGUUUGCCUGCGUUGCUGUGAAGUGUAUUGUGGUUUUUUUGGUGGCAGGUCACUUUGUGUUAAUAAAAAAAGUUGCUGGUGUGCAGCACCUUGUGAAUCCUUGUGUGUAUGAAAACUUGCUUGCUGGUUUGCAGCGCCUUGUGAAUUCCAAUUGUAUGGUGGUUGAGAAAACUUGUAUUUAUGAAAAUAAUACGUGAUUAAUAUCCGGCUCGAAGGACCAUGAAUAUGUUUCGAACGUUCGACGAGUCAAUUUAUGGACGAUGCGUCGAUCGUUGAGAAUAUGAAAAACGGGAAAACAGAAGUGUAUUAGUGAAUAAAACCACAAAGUUUGUGUUUCAUAUAACAAAUUAAAAUGUUUGAAAUUUUUGUUUUAUUAAUUUGUGAUUACCAAAAAUUACUUACAUUUAUGGUUUGUGCUUGUGGUGAUGCUUGUUGUGGUGGCCGGUGGAAAAACGUCUUGCCUCGAUUCGCUCUCUAAACAAAGGUACUUCAGCCUCACUAGCAGAAUCGCUUGCUAAGUGGGAGUUUUCAACGAAACCAUUGCCAGUUGAGUGAAAGCUAUUAACAGUUGAGUGAAAGCUAUUAACAGCUAACUGGCAAUGGUUUGUUAUAUACUCACUAGGGGGUGGUAAAAAGAAAUUAGGCGCUGGCCUAAACACUCUUUUAUACCUGCUGCUCGGUCUUGCUGACCUUCGGAACUAAUUCUAUACCAUUUCUACGAGUAUACAGUAGCAAUUUAUGAAAAAAAAAUCGAUUUUUUCAAAAUUGUUUGGAGGAACCUGGCGUUAAAAGAACGUUAAUGGAAAAACUCUUCGGAGUUAAUUUCUGUGAUUCGUGCCAACGCGGCGACACCAAUCUUCAGACCUCUUCAAAAAGAACAUCCAUAUUUGGUAAAUUUUUGGCGCUGACCAUUUCACCCCAAAAAGGUUCAAGUCUGAACUUGAUGAUGGCCAUUGCAAAACAUUGAUUGAUAUUAGGCGCCUAGCAAUGAAACGUUUGAUGCAGGCUCACACAAUGCUCAACUCAUAUUAAAAAAUAAUAUUGAAUAAUACUGUUAUUCACGUCACACACUAGCUAGGUUUUUUAUGUUAAAUACAAUUUUGGCUUCCUUUUUUUACGAUAAAUACAAUUUUGGGUUUUUGAUGUUAAAUACAAUUUGGAUGCGAUUGCUUUAUGGAAUAAACUGAGGUCGAAAUCCUUCGGUUGAACGAUGUUUGGUUGAACGAGCGUUGCUACUUGCUUGCGUGACAACUGCAGUGGAUCGGCUGCGGCAGCCUCGUUCUACAUUACUCGCAUCCUUUUAUUUAAUGUAGCAGCAUUUUCCAUUUUCGGUUAUUUAUAAACGUAAGUUUUACUUACAUUUUAUUUUUUUUGUUUAGUUUUCUCACUUUGACUGUUCAUAGCGUCAAAAUCAGCUGUGGUAAUUAAUAGGUUGAACUAACUAAUAGAUUGAAAUCUGUCACUUUUGCAAUCGUUUAUAUUUCCAAAAUAUUAUGGUACAUCACAAUUCUCCAAUGAACACUGUAGUUAUUUUCGAAUACUCACGUGAAUUUGAAUAGGACGACGUUAUCCAACAGUUUGCAUUUGUAUUCGUUAUUAUGAAACUAAGACGCGUCUUUCUGAGUGUCCAAAUCAAAACAUAUAAGUGAAGCUGUAAUCACCAAGAGCAUGUUUCAUUGAAUCGAGAAUUUCAACUACGCCCAUGUUAACUAGAAACAUGUCGGGUGCGUUCAAGUUACGUAAUAAUUGUAGUAGUACAGUAAUGUUAAAGACAAAUGCGUUAAGCACUUUGCACUGAUUACUUAAUUUAGUAUUAAAUAUGGCACAUAAUGUCUGAGAAUUGUGUUAAUGAAAAAUUUUAUAUUUGAUUAUUGUAACAUUUUUGUUUUAAAUACUAGAAAUGUUAAAAAAAAAAUACAUUUAAGCUAAGGCACCUAUAAUGAUAACGAUGUUUAUUAAAUAGAAAAAUAAAAUGUACCUAUAUAAAUAUAAGGAAAUAUAUUUUUAAUACAAUAAGCAUGUAAAAAAUAAGAAUAUGAGCGCCCAAAACUUUCUAUUAUUACAACUAAAUAGAGCUCUGCACGAUAAUUAUUAUUUUAUUUUUUAUCAUACAUAUUUCUUUUUUAUGUGCACAUCCAAUUAUAUACUUCAUUAUUUAAUUAAAAAUAAAAUGUUUUGCUUAGGACAAAGUCCAUAAGUCCCUAAUGUUAAACAAUUAACUCUUUAAAUCAUACAAGUAUUAUUAACUAAGCUAUACAAUAUAAUAAAAAAUAAAAAAAAAAUUGUUGUAAACUCUCUAAAUACA